AUUGGGAUUCUGGAGAUGAUCCCAGUUGCUCAAACUCAGUUUGCUCCCCUCUCCGAAGCACUGUGCAAAGUGGUCGCGGAUCUCAACGGAGAACAAAUUCCAGCAACGACAUCUAGUAUCAAGGCCAAACUGGAAGAAAACUUCCCGGAAAUGCAAGUGCCCAGCGAAGAUAUAUUAUACAAGACGCUAGGUGGACUCAUCAAAGAAAGAAAACUCUACCAUACCGGAAGCGGAUAUUUUGUAGUAAGUCAAGAUACUUAUCGACAAAGGUCGGUGUCUCCUUUAUGUGAGCGACAGAUGCUAAUGACAAAUGAAGAAGCUAUUGUGAGACUCCACGGACACAGAAAAGAUUGCUCAAUGGCCAUCCAGGUAGACGAAAUGGACAUUGCAGCUGCAUGGAAAUGCUCCACUUCGUCUUUUCUUCAUGCAACCACUCAACAAAAGGAAGCAUCUUGCCAAUCUUCUCAAGUAGCAUCCCCAGAAUUACAAAUGAUGGAAAGAAGCAAUUCUCUAAAGAUCCUUCGGGUAAAAGGGCGGAGCAAGACCAAUGAGCGGAUGGAUCGAGGUGGUUCCUUCAAAGAGACAUCAACAGCGAACAAAUUAGGUUACCUGGCCACGGAAUUGGAAAGUGACAUGAACGAAAUUCACAAAAGUGAAAAACAAUCAAUGCUGGCCAAAAUUCUGAAAAGAAUGCACUCUUUGACGGACAAGUCAAGCAAACACGUAGCUUUUUCAGCUCAGUUCCCACCAUUAGAGUGGUUAGAUGAUGAUAAACUUCACUGCCAUUCGGUUGCAACGCAGACUCAGCUCUUAGUUCAACAGGUUUGUCCAAAACCAUCUGUGAAGGGACUGGAAACGGCUGGCCCAAGAAUCCCAUGGGAAGAUGUAGAAAACUUUGAACGAAAAACAAUUCCUCAUUACAUGAGCUCAAAUUACAAUUAUAAAAAAAUACAAAACGAUUCAGAUGGUCAAAAUUCACGAAAAAAUACUACUGUCUAUAUGCGACAAGGGAAUUCUAGAUAUUCUCCAUCUCAUAGGUAUUCUCAUGGAACACUAACAAACUAUUCAAAACGUCGUCAUAGACAUAGAAGAAGCUCAAGUGAAAGCCCCAAGGUUCAAAAACCGAUAGCGAAUGGUUAUCAAAGCCAUUCGACGAGUUCUAAAUCAACAAUGGAUCACAGUGAAGACAAGGUGUCUCAUAGUUCUUCAAGUGGAUCUGUCCUCCCUCCUAAUCGAAAAGCCAUAGUUAAUCCACGCACUAAAGUUCCAGAGCAAUCAAGAAACGAAACCCUUGUUUCUGAAAGUAUUGCAUCGGCACAAAAGGAAAAGAAAGUCGGUGAAAUUCCACCAAGUACACCAAAGUCCAGAUUGAAGGAUUCAUUUAGUUGCUCACCUAAGCCGAAAAAAACAUCUCUAAACAUCAGCAAUCCCAUCACUCCUGUGUCCAAAAAGAUCGAGGAUAAAAAAAAUGGAAGCAUAUGCAAUAAUUUGGAUAACAAAGAUUCAGAAAACAAUAAAAUAUUUUCGAAUAAUAUCAGUGAUGCAAAACUUGCAAUGAGUGAAUCAAGCAGUGAAACAUCAGCUUCUUGUAAUGGAUCUGCUGCUACCAAACUAGAAUCCGGAAUCCGACCAUUGGCUCUAAAGAGCUUAAUCGAAAUGCCAAAACCGCCAUCUCUUAAAGAAACCAAAUCACUGCCAGCAAAAGAAAUUGUAAUAGAUAAUUCAGUCAGCGUUGAAGUUGCCGUGGAGAAAAGCCCACCGUCCAUCAGCCCCAAAGGGAACAAUCAUUCAACGACCAUUGUAACAGAAGAAACGACAGUUACUAAAGGAAGUGGUAACUCUAAAGUGGUCACAGUGACUAGUAUUACAACUAGUUUAUCUCAUGGAGGAUUGAAGGACCUCAACAGCAAACAUAGUCCUGAUUUAUUAGAUGAAGAAAUAUCCAGUGAAAAACAAAAACCUUCAGUUAAUGAUUUAAACAUUGAAACCCUAAAUGGAUCGCAUAUAAUUGAUUGUAGUAGUUCUUGCAAUAUUGUAACAGAAGUAAAAUGAACUCUUUAUUAAACAGUAGUAAGGGGGAUUCCUUAUUACUGUUACAAGGUAGUUUAACACAUUCUUAGCAUUUUAUGAAAUUGAGAUUUUAUAGCCAUCAAGCCAUACUAGUUUAAAGUCAAUGGAUCAAUUAUUUUUAUAUAUUUGAGGAUACAUUACUUUGUACACCUCUGAUUUUGAUAAAACUUUAAAAAUAAUUAUUAAAUUUAUCCAUACAUAAUUAACUAUUUAUCAAUCAUUAUGUGGUAAAAGCAAGUUCUGUUAAAUUUCAUUUUAAAAGUUCUAAAAAUCCAUAUGACAAUAAACUUAAUCGAAUUUAUGAAUACUGUGAAAGUUUUAAAUUUGGAAUAAAAAUAACUGACGACAUGUAGAUUCUAUCUGCUUAAGAAGUGUGACCACCUAGUGUGACUUACAAGAUUGUAACUCUGUCAAGUGGCAUGAUCUACUGAUGGUCACAACUGCCUUAUUUAAGGUGUAAGAUAAGUAUACAUUAUAAAACAAAGUGCUGUGACCCAUCAGUAGGGCACAAGCUGUACUGCUGUCAGGCUAUACAACCUAUCAGUGGUCACAUUAUUUAUAGUUUCCCGACUCUAAUCUUAAAAAUAUAAUAGAAAAACUUUAAUAAAAUAAAGUUUAAUGACAAUUCCACCUUUGAUCUACAUUUCAGUAAAAUUAGGAUAAAACCAAGUGCUGGUUGUAUUUUGAUGACCUAUGUAUUGAUUCUUUAAAUUUUUGUAACUUUCUUUUUUUUUUUCCCCCAUGAAGAAAGAGUAUUCCUUACAUCAUCUCCUUAUUAUUCAAACUGGUCCUUCAGUGUUUUAUUCAUCACUAAAUUUUAUUUUUUGAAAGCAGUAUUGUAAAAUUAGUUCUUCCAUGUGAUUCUACAUCUGAAUAAGCUUUUUUCCAAUUCAAAUGAAUAUGUGUUACCAAAAAAAUGUGUGAAAAGCAAGCAUUCUGUACAGUGUAUGAUGGUUUUUAAGCAAAGUAUGAAAUGCAUAUUUUAUUUUAUUAUUUUAUAUAUUUCUUCCUUGGGAUUAUAUAGAAUACCUUAGCAUGAUAUAAAAUUAGUGUUUCAGCAAGCUAUGAAAAUGGCUUUCCUUGAAAAACAUGCAUGUGAUAAUACAAGAUACAGAUUAUUUUUUAAACCUACAGAAAUAGCAAAAGAGUUGUAUCAAGCUACUUAUUGUUAUAAAGCAGACUGGACUAGCAUUUUAAAUAGCACUUAAUUGUCUUUUUGUACAAAAACACUUCGAAUUUUGUCACUUGUCUUUUCAGUAUGUCUCAUGAUCCCUUGGCUGCAGUACAUAGUCUAAAUGGAAGCAGCUGACCAUACAGCUAUUCUGUCAUCGUGAUUACUUUACCAGUUUGCUUUUAAGCAUUCCAUAGAAUGACAAGGAAAUGUGCAGAAAUUACAGCAUUUCAUACUUUGAUGUCCCAUUUUCAGCACUAUGUAGAAUGCCCACCACAAUUUGUCCAUAAUAGAUCCCAUAGAAAUUUCCUUCAUAAAGAUUUUGAUUGUGAUUUUUUCACCUAAAUCAAAAUCAUCCUGUUCUGAAGUAAUCACAGUGAUAAAUGAAAUGCACCAAAAAUUACAACUUAAGAAAUUUAAUAAAAAAGAAUUACCUUAUUUCACAAAAUCUUCAAACAACUGAAUCAUUUAUUUAUAAGGUGAUUAAAAAAACUGUUAACACUAUACGAGAAAGAGAAAAAGGAAAACUGGUAAUCUAUGUUCACUUUUUUGACUGAACAAAUUAAUAUGGAACUUUCAUAUGUUUGCCCUCAUUGUCAACACAUUUUUGAAAUUUGUCCAAAGGUACUGUACAGGAACGUAUGAUGCUGAAGUGUCUAUGGCAGCUUUAAUUCUUUAAAGCAGAUUGCCAGCAUUAUAUGGUUUUGUUGCAAAAAUCUAUACUUAGAUUCCAAAACGAAAAAUCAUAUGGUGUGAGAUCAGAAGAACAUAUCUAUCCCAAAGAAUAUUUUCUUCCAAUUCAUCUUCAUAAAAAUUUUUUAUUGAGCCAGGCAUAGACAUCCUCAUCAAAGUGCAGAAAACCAAUGUUCAGCUGAAAGGAUCUGCACUAGAGGUAAUGAUGAGUGGUUUUCACUUCACCUUACCUACAUUACCUUAAAAAAAUGCAACAUCCAGAUUUGCUUAGAUUGUCAUACACUAAGCAUACAUUAAUAUACUAAAUAUGAAUAAAUUCCUGUCUUUAUAGCAGAAUGUUCUCAGCAAGUUUUAUAUUUCCCAUUUAAUGUUAACAUUUAGUGAAUCUUGUAUUCCUCAAGUUGAGAAAAGCAUUGCAUAUGUGGCAAAUAACAAUUUGGUUUAAUAAGCACCACAAAAUUAUAAGACAUGAUGUAGGAAAAUGAAAUGGAUUAAUAGAAAGUUACUGACAGAGGGAAAAGUUAAAAAAAAAGCUGUAAAAAUUGCUUUUCUUAAAAAAGAAAACCAUAACUGCAUAUUGAUUGAUAUCAGACAAAUGAAACUGGUCUCCAGGUUGAAUGUGUUUCACACUAUGCUUAUAUAUGUAAAUAUUUUUAACUUUCAAACUAACGUGUUCCUUUUCAUUAUAAUGUAAAUAUACUUUCAUACUUAAUGUAAAUAAUACAUUAAUUUAAGUUAAUCCUUUGGUAAAUGAAAUUUUAUAUACAUCUGAUAGGCUUUUGAAUGCAUCAUAAAAAGUUGUACUGAUUCCCUGCUUUGCUAUAUUUUAUACAGUAACUUACUUUAAAACUGUACUUACUAUAACAAUAAACACAUAAAAUAGAUUUGUGUUCAUAAUAUUAGUACAAAGACCAAUAUUAAGCUUUCAGGGGAGUUAAAAGCAACAGGUAUAAACAGAAAAAGUGCUUUGACUAGAUAUAGUGUAAUGAAGGAGUGAAUUUCAUUUAACAUUCUGUUGUAGCAACUAAGCUUUGCUGUAUAUAGAAGUUGAAAGAAAAUGUAUAGAAAACAUUAAGAACUAAUAUUUCUUAUUAUGCACAUUUUAGAAAAACAGCAGCAGAAUUCAGAUUAAGUUCUGUAAAAACUAGAAUUUUAGUGAUCUAAAACAAAGUAAUAUAAUUUUGAAAUCAAAAUAUAGGUUUAUUAUAAAAGAAAUAUAAUUUGUAAAUAUUUACAAAUUGUAUUUCUUUUUAAUAGCUUGUAAAGAAUCAUCACAGUGAAACUUAAGGGAUAUGUGCAAGCACAUAGAAAUGUUCAAUAUUCCACACAGUGAUGUAGGUGAUCACCAUGUGUCACAUGACAGUAGGUUGUAAGAGAAAAAAUGAUCACAUCUACAAUAAUGAAUGCUUGUUUCAUUUUACCCAAUUCAUUUAAACCUCGCUACAGCUGCAAUUUAUAUGGAAAGAAUCUCAGAUGUCUUUGCAAAAUUUUACAAAUUCUAGGCUGUGGAAUUUGAAGUUCAUAACUAGCUGUCAUUGUUGAUUUCUUUGGGCUUUGUUGGAAGGACCCACUGACAUGUCCAGUUUCUUCACAAGGACAAUGAGGAUUGUAUAAUUGAAGAAAUAUUUCCUGCUUAGAAGUGACUUUCUGAAACUUGAUAAAAAUUUGUGGAACUGGAUUCUCUUUUCUGAAUUCUGAAGUCCCAAACCCCUCAACUGCAGAUGACCAUUUUUUGUACUGUGUCAUGUAGCACACAAAUUAGGGCUUACAGCAUAAUAAGGAAUACUGGGGGAAAACUCUGUAUCUGCAGGAACAUACAUUUUCAAGUUUCAUCAUGAUAACUUUUACAAGAAUUCUUUCAUUUCAUCAUAUUAAUAACAUCAAGAUGAUAAUGAAUCUUUAGUCAAAUUUGCUAAAGAGCACAUCUUUUGCUACUGUUUUCUAUAACAAUGAAAUUUUUAAGAAUUUAAAAAGAUAGUUAAAUUUUUGUUACACUUACAUCAUAAUAUCCUUUAAGAUUGUCUCAUAUAAUAAUGCAAUUUUUUAUUUCAAAAAGACAAACAGCAAAAGACAACACAGCAUUUUUAACAUAUUUGCAAAAGAAACACCUUAUGCUGUAUGUUAAAGUAAUUUAGGUAGUUAGCUAUGGAUCACUAAAUCAUACAUUGCUUUAAGAACUACAUACAACAAUAAUGAUCACACAGAUAACAAUAAAUUGUGUGAUCACACAUGGUGCAAGAUAAUCUUUUCCCAGGUAUACAAGAAGCAUUGAUGCAACCUAAGAUUUCUCUUAGCAAAUCGUGAAUCAGUUUCAGAGCAACAAAUAAAACCCCAGCAUAUAAAAUGCCUUCUUUCAUGUAUUUGCUAUUUUAUUAACAAACAAUUUUCUUAACAUCUGCAAUAUUGUUAUUCUUUUCAGUCACUGAAUAAAAUCAUUUCGUUUAUAGA